CCUUUCUGGUUCACUGUCUGGGUCUUGGUUCUGGUUCCAAAAAUAGGUCUUAGGGAAUUGAUUGAAUAUGGCCAGCAAAGACAAGAAGACUCCUAAUACCAAUGCAAAAAGUGGAGGGAAAAAGAAGGAGGUGAAAAAAGAGACCGGUCUUGGUCUCUCUAACAAGAAGGAUGAGAAUUUUGGGGAGUGGUAUUCUGAGGUUGUCGUUAGUAGUGAAUUAAUUGAAUACUAUGACAUUAGUGGUUGUUACAUUCUAAGGCCGUGGAGUAUUUCAAUUUGGGAAGCCAUGCAUGACUUCUUCGAUGCUGAAAUAAAGAAGAUGAAAAUUAAGAAUUGCUACUUCCCACUAUUUGUAUCUCCUGGUGUUUUACAACGAGAGAAGGAUCACAUUGAAGGUUUUGCUCCGGAGGUUGCUUGGGUCACGAAAUCUGGAAGUUCCGACUUAGAAAUACCUAUAGCCAUCCGUCCCACCAGUGAGACUGUCAUGUAUCCUUAUUAUUCCAAGUGGAUCAGGGGACACCGGGACCUGCCUUUGAAGCUUAAUCAAUGGUGCAAUGUUGUACGUUGGGAGUUCAGCCAUCCUACUCCAUUUAUUCGGAGUCGUGAGUUUCUUUGGCAAGAAGGGCAUACAGCUUUUGCUACAAAGGAAGAGGCAGAUACAGAGGUUCUUGAAAUUUUAGAACUUUAUAGAAGGAUAUAUGAAGAAUAUCUUGCAAUUCCUGUUAUCAAAGGGAAGAAGAGUGAGCUGGAAAAGUUUGCUGGUGGGCUUUACACAACUAGUGUUGAGGCAUUUAUUCCAAACACUGGUCGUGGUAUACAAGGAGCUACCUCUCAUUGUUUAGGUCAAAAUUUUGCAAAAAUGUUUGAAAUGAACUUUGAAAAUGAGAAGGGAGAAAGAGCUAUGGUCUGGCAGAAUUCCUGGGCAUAUAGUACCCGAACGAUUGGGGUGAUGGUGAUGGUUCAUGGGGAUGACAAAGGCUUGGUACUACCUCCUAUGGUAGCAUCUGUACAAGUUAUUGUGAUUCCUGUGCCAUACAAAGAUGCUGAUACAAAAGCUAUCUUUGAUGCGUGCUCAACAACUGCUAAUAUGUUGAGUAAAGCUGGUUUUCGUGUUGAAGAAGAUUUUAGAGACAACUAUUCACCCGGUUGGAAGUACUCGCACUGGGAAAUGAAAGGUGUUCCUUUGAGAAUUGAAAUCGGGCCAAAAGAUGUUGCUAAUAAUCAGGUUCGUGUUGUUCGCCGUGACAAUUCGGCAAAAAUUGAUAUUCCUAUGUCCACUUUGGUUGAGCAAGUAAAAGAUAUUUUGGCUAGUAUUCAGCAAAGCCUGUUUGAUGCUGCAAAACAAAAACGGGAUGAGCACAUUAAGGUGGUGCAUACAUGGGAUGAAUUCGUUGAAGCACUAAAUCAAAAGAAGAUGAUCUUGGCUCCUUGGUGUGAUGAGGAGGAUGUUGAGAAAGAUGUGAAAGCACGGACAAAAGGCGAAAUGGGAGCAGCUAAGACACUUUGUUCCCCAUUUGACCAGCCGGAACUCCCCCCAGGGACACUUUGCUUUGCCUCAGGAAAGCCUGCAAAGAAGUGGACCUACUGGGGUAGGAGCUAUUAAAUCUUGGACUAUUUGUUA